CCCACCAUCGAGACUCGACUGACACACGACUGCACGCAGCGCCCGCCGCCGUUGUGCUGUGUGGUUUGGCGUGAAUCAGCCAUCAUCGAGGUCCACCAAAUUUCAAGAAUCGAGAAGCAGAGAGCUCCACAUUGUAUUCAACGCAGAAGCCCGUGCGCCAGAGAAACGCGUAUCGGGUCCUUUGAAACGGAGCGCACGUCAUGGAGCCUCCAAUCAUACUUAUGCCGGCCACGAGAAGUCCUUCUCAAAAGGUGAGCGAACAUUCCCAAACAAGUUCUACAUCAUUAUCGCAAGCCACAGCAAUAGUCAAAGCCACGCGAUAUUCCGAACGCUAGUUGCUCGACGCUUGCGUGUGAUCCGAGGAGGCGACAUUGCAGUAGCUCAACUUUUUGCCUAUCAGCAACCGAACUCUGACACCAUUUCGCUGCGAAAUUAUUAGAUUCCUAUGUUGCAACAAGACCUCAUACUUCCUUCCACUGGACGAGAUAUGCGAACAAGUCCGACACGGCGAAGAAGAAGAUUAUCCACGGCUUCCUCGUCUUCAUCUUCUACGACGCCUCCGACAUCACCUUCCCUCUCGCCGUCUGCAGCAGCCAGAGGAACCAUGUCAUCAUCGGCGUCCAGCUCCGCCAGCGCAUCACCGACGCUUGAAGCAUCUGCGCGAGGAUCAUCAACACUUUCGACACCACUUCCACGUCCACGAAAAGUCUCAUCGCAAUCGCACAUUCCUGAAGCCAUACCCGAAGACGAAGUUCCUGAUUUUAAGCUUCAAUAUUCGUGUUGCUCUUCCACAAUGGAUCAGGACCCGCUUGCGAUCAAGGCCAAUUUGACCGAAAUGCUGAAUUGCGAGCAAGUGAGGAAUGAUCAGAAGAUGAGAUUAUGGAUCCAAUCGAGAUUGAUGGAUGCCGAAUUGGAGCUGAAACGCCAACGUCGUCGAAGAGUCAGUCUACCCACACCUGAUCUGGUCCUAGAUACUGGUGGUACUGCAGACAAGCCGGACGAAUGCUCCUAAGCUCCAUGCUUCACUCUUCCAUUUUCGCAUACUGGGCCUUCCUUUGGGUUUCGAUUUAGCGAGGAGUUAUCGUGAGGCGUUCCGUUUUCGAUCGAUUGUCGGCCUUCGUCGGGUCGCCAAAGUGGGAAUCCAAGUGGAGCCCGCCAGCUUGUGGGUUUAUCGGGUCCAAAGAUAGGGAUUGCACUUCUCGUGGAGUGCAUUAAGUCGAGCUCAUCAGAAGCGGCACAGCAGAUCGCUAUCGUGCGUGGCCAGAGCGGACGAUACAACAGAGUCGAACUUCGUCUGAGAUGUUUGUCUUCUAUGUUUUUUCCCACAUUCACAAGUGCGAUCGCCAAUUUCGGAAUGGGCAUGCACAAGACACAAACAAACUUCAUUGGUAUCAUUCAUCAAUCAGAUGCUACAACAUGACAUCAACCUCACAAGCAAAUCACAAUCAGCAGCGAACACAUUCGCAGUUCCACUA